GUCAGGCUGUGGGCAGGUGCGGGGCAGAGGAGACAGACCCACAACCCACAGAAACAGCAGGACGACAGGCGACCUGACUGUCUUUCGCUCAAUUAUUAAUUAAUUAUCUGUGACUUAAGCCUGUCAGCGGAUUUUAACGAUGCCCAGCUGCAUUGGACUGCACUAACGUUAUACCAUCCCGGGCUCGGACACAUUCAACAGCGCAACCAUGCCGUCUCUGCGACACUCGUACACGGUGACUUUACCGGAGGAGACACCGGCCGCUUUCCCCAUAGACAAACCCGAGCUGCGGCGAAAGAGUCCUUCGUUGUCCCGGUCCAAGCUGGUGUCCACAUUCAUGGGUCUAAUCAUCAACCAGGCCAAGAACAAGAGUCCUCAAGGCCUGGUGGGACUGAGGAACCUGGGCAACACGUGUUUCAUGAACUCCAUCCUUCAAUGUCUGAGUAACACUAGCGAGCUGAGAGAUUACUGCCUUAGAAACAUCCAUCGAACAGACCUCAACAACAAUUGCACGGCCAACGCUGCUCUCAUGGAAGAGUUUGCAAAGCUGACUCAGAGCCUGUGGACUUCUGUGGACAACGAGGCCAUCAGUCCCUCUGAUUUCAGGAGCCAGAUCCAGAGAUAUGCUCCCAAAUUUGUGGGCUGCAAUCAGCAGGACGCCCAGGAGUUUCUGCGUUUCCUAUUGGACGGUCUCCAUAAUGAGGUGAACAGAGUGACAGUACGCCCUAAGAUGUCCAUUGAAGACUUUGACCACCUUUCGGAUGAUGAAAAGGGCAAGUGGAUGUGGAACAUGUACUUGGAGAGAGAGGACAGCAAAGUAGUGGAUCUGUUUGUUGGACAGCUGAAGAGCUCUGUGACCUGCACCGUCUGUGGCUUCCGCUCCACCGUGUUUGAUCCAUUCUGGGACCUAUCCAUACCAGUCGCACAGAGGAGCUCAGGUGAAGUGACUCUCAAAGACUGCUUGAGGCUCUUCACAAAAGAAGAUGUGUUGGACGGGGAAGAGAGACCGACUUGCAACAGAUGCAAAACCAGAAGAAAAUGCACCAAAAGAUUCAGCAUUCAGAAGUUCCCUCAGAUCCUCGUGAUUCACCUGAAGCGUUUCUCAGACUCUAACAUCCGAACCAGCAAACUCUCCACGUAUGUCAACUUCCCUCUCAAAGAGCUGGACCUGCGGGAGUUUGCCUCCGACAGCAGCGAGCGGGCUGUGUAUAACCUGUAUGCAGUAUCCAACCACUCGGGAAAUGCUCUGGGAGGCCAUUACACAUCCUACUGCAAGAACUCUGCCCUGGGGGAGUGGUACAGCUACAACGACUCCAGGGUGAGCCCAGUGUCGUCCAGCCAGGUUCGCAGCAGCAACGCCUACGUCCUGUUCUACGAGCUGGCCCCCUCCCCAAACAGCAAAUACCAGACGUGCCGCCUGUAGACGCUGUGGAGGAGUUGAGAAGCUGCACUGAACGAGGCCUGAAAAUGGAGUCAGACACUGCCUGCUGGGAGAGAGCUCCGCCUAGUGGAGAGAGUCCUGCCAUUACAGACUGUGAUGGAGCGCAAAGACAUGUUGCUGAGCGGAGACAACGCCCUCUGACCGUCUGUGUUUUUGAGGGAAAAGCGUGAAUGUGAAAGCACAUUCAAAGUUCAGGAUGGCAAGCGGAGCUCAUAAGUUGCGUGGAACUGAAGUGACCCUGGGAAAAUACUACUUACAUUGUCAAAAAAGUGUAGAUAUUCAGGUCAAGGCACAGCUUUGAGUCAAACUUUAAAACGUCCUUUUGGAGUAUGAGAAGACCCUCUUCAUGGUGCACAUGCAACCGUUGAUUCACUCCAAAAAAGACAUUUUAACGCUGUGCCUGGACCUGAAUCUACACCCACUCGAGUGGAUUAUUUUUUUUUUUUUAUGCACUUUGAACAUGGACUUAUGGACUUAUAUUAUUAUUGUUAAAUUAUUAUGUGACGACAUUGCAGAGACUUGAAAAAUGCCUCACACAGAAACUGAAAGAUAUAAUUUAUUCUAUUUAACAUAAAGCGAGUAACUGAAAGUGCAUACUGUAAAUGUCAUUGAACAAAGCCUUAUGGUUUCCUCUAAAAACAGUGGAAAUCCUCUAUGGAGAGAAGAUGUUUUAUGUCAAAGCACAUAUUAUUUUUGUACAGUAUUUAUGGACAGCACAGUGAAUGUAACUGUUCUGUGGGAAAGCCAGACAUACCAAAGCCGCUGUAUAAAAAUGCAUCUACAAUACUUCCAGCAAUUAUGUUGCAAACUUUACAUAUAAGUCACUUCUGAGUCUAUGAAUGAUUAAAAUUCAGUGUUAACUUA